AUGUCUACAAGUGGAGGAGGAGACGGACCAGCACGGUCAAAAGAUGGCGUUCCACAGUGGGACGGAAACAGCGCCACCUUUCAGAGGUAUGAGGAGGAGGCGCUGCUCUGGCAGGAGGGGAUUGCUUACCACAAGAGGUAUAUGGCCGGCCCACGACUGGUGGCUGAGCUUCAGGGCUCAGCCAAGCGCAUGGUUGUGGGAAAGUCUGCGAACUGGGUUACAGAGUUGACAGAAUACCUCAAUCAAUAUUUCCGGCAUUCACGGCGUCGGAAUGGUGAGUCAAUCAAUGAGUAUGUGACCCGGAAGAGUGAAAUUUACAUGAGAGCACAGCAAGCACUCAACAGGGUCAAGCCUCAUCAGGAGGCCGCGGCGCCACGAGUGUCCCGCGAAGCCGGGUACUCAGGGCGACGCCGCAGCAGCUGGACCUCGGAUGCUACAACCACGGCGGUGGAUGGGGAUGAUGAUGAGCCAGAUGCUUCAACAGAAAACACACAGCCCUCAACAUGGGACAGCCAAGGAUCCUACGGAGGUUGGGGUGGAGCUGGAAGCUACUGGUCGGGCAAUUCCUAUCCCACCUGGUGGUCAACAUCAUCGUGGAGCUGGGCAGACAGCCGAGGCUAUGGUGAGCCAGGCUCCUCGCAAGGAGCGUGGGGUUCCCCCGUCGCCGGGCCAACCGAGCUGUUACCCGAAUGGGUGCAAGCGUGGUAUUUGCUCCAGGAUGCCAACCUCAGCACAGGUGAACGGAACAUGAUUUUUACUGCACUGAAGGGGGAAUUCAGUGUGGUCAAAGUGGCACAGGAAUUGAGGAACCAGUGGACCGAGAUAGACUUCGAGAACCAGGAGGCCUGGCAGACAGGCGAGGCGGGCGAGCACGACGGCGACCUGAACGACGAAGGAGCAGCCCUCGUCGCUGAAGCCGAGGACGAGGCACGCCAAGCUUGGGCUACUUUGCAGAAUGCGAAGCGCACGCUCAAGGAUGCGCGCCAACGGCAGCACCAGGUACGCAUGUCCCGGAAGUACUACCAACCAGGCGGAAGCAGUGCCCAAGCCAGCUCGCGACCGAGGGAUGACUCGAAGAUGACGCGCCUCAAAUGUGGCCAGGUCGGACACCGAGCAGCGAAUUGCCAGCAGGAGAAGGCCCACGUCGCGGAGGACCAGUCUGCGCCCUUCGUCUGCUACGUUGAACAGGCAAUGUUGGGGGACCAAGGCAAUCCAGGACGAGCUCCCACGACUACCGAGGCCACUCAGGCCGGGUGGGGUGUCAUCGACGGAGGUGCGACGCGCACCCUUGGCUCCGUCCAGGCCAUCGAGGCGUUGAUGAAAGUCAACGAAGGUAAGCACGGGACCACAGGUGUGAAGAAUGUGGACCUACGGAAUCGUCCAGUCUUUGGCUUCGCGGACUCGGGCGAGGCGAAGUGCGUGUCGACCAUCGAUUUGGGCUUUCAAGCAGGAGGCCACGAAGGGAUGCUUCGAGUACAUGCGCUCAACAAGGGCUCCGGGCCGAUUCUGGUCUCCGUGGCCACACUCCGAGCCCUCGGCGCGAUCAUUGACUUCGAGGAGGACAUCCUCGUGCUUCGCAAGCUGGACCCCACCAAGUUGAUCCGCCUUCAGAGGUCCACCACAGGCCACCAGCUCGUCAAUUUGACCGAUGAUCUUUUCCAUGAUGCCACUACGGCCAAACAGGAGUCCUUGCAGCAGGCAGAGUCAGCAGAUGUGUUUGUAGACCGAGAAGCCAAGUCCGCACCGAGCCCUCUCCUUCCUCACGCCGGCCAUGGAGAGGAUGAACACCAAGCAGCUGCGCGAGGCCAUACAGACGUUUGGCGAGAUUCCCGCCGCUGGAACAACUCCCAGCUACGACACCGGCUACAAGAGCUGAUGGACGAGCAGGACGAGGAGUGGGCAAGCACUCCAGGACGCCGCAAGGACACACCCCUGCAACAACAGAUCAAGCAGCUCAACCGCAACAAGCGCAAGAAGGCCGACCUGCAGGAGUAUGUGUCCACCAAAGUACUCGGACUACCGGUGUCCGAGAACGGGACGAUGUGGCAACUCGAGGCCAAAGCCCUCGACCACCUCUACUUCAACGUGGAAAGCUGUUCUCGGGAUGUUGUCGGGUUCGGACGGCACUCCAAUCUGACCUACGGGGAGCUGGUGCAGCAGUUCCCUCGCUAUGUGGACUGGGUCAAGACCACCUACAAGGAGACCGAGGUGAGCGAACCGAUCCAACGGCCACCGACAACAAGAGACCCACAGCGCUUGCGGUUGAAGAUCAAGGGCGGGUACUUGGUGGAGCCCGAGUACGAACAACCCCAGACGACCAUGGCGACAUCCAGCGCGGGAGCACCGUACCCCGCGGAGCAGAUGGAACUCAUGGCUACAAUGAUGGAGACGAUGAAGGGCAUGCAGGAGGAGCUCAAGGAGCUUCGCCAGAUGGGACCGGUCACGGACGAGCGACCCCGGAAGAAGGAGGCGUUGGAUGGAACGGUCCUUCAGGGACGCAAGCUACCAACGCAGGGCCAGUGCGUCACUUUCUCCCCGAAGGGAUUGAAGGAGGUUAUGACAAAAACCUGCUUGAGCGAGCAGGGUUUGAGCUCCGAGGAAGCCCUGGCAGUGGCUGUCAUGACUUUCAAUCAUCGGGACGUUGUUCGAACCUUAGGAUCCAUGCAGGGGACAGCGGGUGAGUUAGUGUACCUAUGGAGAGCCCAGACGGGACAACAGGGACGCCGGCAGCCGGGAGACAAGCACGGUCAGUUCAUAGGACCGGCCAGGAUUCUGGCCACAGAAAAGAAAAAGGAUGAGACGGGGCAUCUGGUGCCCGGUAGCUCAGUGUGGCUGGUCAGAGGCAGAAGCCUCAUCAAGUGUUGCCCAGAGCAGCUACGACGGGCAUCGGAACGAGAGGAACUGCUGGAGAUGCUUGCCAAGCCCGAAGACCGGACUCCGUGGACCUUUCAGAGAGUCGCCGCAGAGAUCGGCGGCAACCAAGUGAAGGACUACUCGCAGCAGCAACCCACGCCCCAGGAGUGGCAUGGUGCCCAAGACAUGGAAGAGCCACCGGCGAGAGUACGCUUCCGGGGGAGGCGACCACAACCGGAAGCAGUGGAACCCACCAUGGAGGACGAGGAUCAGGGCACCUCUUCACCUUCAGCCAGCUCGAGCCGAGCGCGGUUAGGGAACAGACAAGGCAGUGGCUUCCAAGCGGCGGAAGCAUGGUGGGCAUCAGUGCCUGAGAAAGACUGGGAGGCCCAGCCGGCGGCCUACUGGAAUGAUGAGAGCGCAGCUGUAUCAGUGGAGAUAGAGCUCCCCACCAACGUGCGAGGUCUCCAGAAGACCUUACAUCACCUUCCCGCCUACUUUGUGGGCGCCAUGAAGCGACGGGCCGUAGAAGUAUGUGAAAGGAAGCUGACCCCGUCACAGAAGGAGGAAUUUAGAGCAGCGAAGAACAUCGAAGUGCGCAACUUCAUAGCCUCGAAGGCCUUCGAGACGCUACCGGAUGAGCUUCGCCCGAGCCGAGAACAAGCAAUCAACAUGAGGUGGAUACUUACAUGGAAGGCCACUGACUCUGGAGGUCAAAAGGCAAAGGCGCGUGCAGUGCUUUUAGGGUACCAGGACCCUAAAUACGAAUUCCGCUCGACUACAGCUCCAGUAAUGAUGCGCCAGACGCGUCAGAUGCAGCUACAAUUAUCCGCAAACCGCAAUUGGACAGCGCAGAAAGGAGAUGUGUCGGGAGCGUUUCUUCAGGGCCGAGAAUAUCCGGACCAGUUGUACUGCAUACCCUGCAAAGAGAUCUGCGAGGCUAUGGGGUUGCCAGAGGGCACCAUCACGCGCCUCAAACGGGCAUGCUACGGGCUCGUUGACGCACCAUUGGAAUGGUACCGGACAGUGGAUGAGUACUUGUGCGAGCUUGGACUGGAACGGACACAUGCAGAUGCAUGUGCAUGGGUCUGGCGACCCAAGGGAGAACUACGAGGCAUGAUUUCAGGCCAUGUUGAUGACUUCCUUUUCAGCGGAGGAGCCGACGAUACAGAGUGGCAAGCGCUGUUGGAAAAGAUUCGCCAGCGAUUUAAGUGGGGUGAUUGGGAUCAGGAUAAGUUUGUCCAAUGUGGCGUGCAAGUGGAGCGAACUUCGGAGGGUUUCCAGUUGAGCCAGCCAAACUACUCAGAAGGAAUCAAAGAAAUCCCUCUCUCCUCAAGCAGGCGUAAGGAAAAGGAUGCUCCCACAGGAGAGCGCGAGAAGACGCAACUGAGGGCCUUGUUAGGAGGCCUCUCAUGGCACGCUCAACAAGUCGCUCCACAUUUAUCUGCCGAGGUGAGUCUGUUGCUUUCAGAGAUCUCUGAGAGCAACGUGAAUACCAUUAUUAAGGCCAACCUGUUAGCAUACCAUGCUAAGGCCCGCCAGGACCACCAGAUGCUGAUACAUCUUUUUUCUCCUGAGGAAACUAUGGUGCUUUUUGGAUGGGUGGAUGCGGCAAGCCAGAAUCGCCGUGAAGGAGGUUCCACCCAAGGGAUCUUCAUAGGAAUGGGAUCUGACAGCAUGUUGCACGGGGAAAUGGGAAGGGUUACCCCUAUAGCAUGGCAUUCCAACAAGAUCGACAGGGCAUGCAGGUCACCGGGAGCAGCUGAAGCGCAAGCAGCAGUUAACGGUGAAGAUGCAUUGUACUUUGCCCGAUACCAAUGGAGUGAGCUUUGCUUUGGUAGCGUAAACCUCCGACAUCCCGAUGAAAUUGUUGCUAAGGUCACAGGAUGCCUGGUGACAGACUCGAGAAACGUGCAUGACAAGUUGUAUACUGAGGUACUCGUCAUAAAAGGCGCGGAAAAGCGCACCAACAUCGAGCUGUUGGCUAUCAAGGAGGCCCAAAGGAACCACGGGUUGCUCAUACGUUGGGUACAUUCUGAAGCGCAAUUAGCCAAUGCCCUCACCAAGCAUGGGAGCAAGGAGAUGGAGUUGUACUACCGAAUGCGUCAUUCUUGGCGCAUAGUGGAGGAUCCAGAAAUGAUGUCUGCUCGGAGGAGGAAGACUGCAGGACUCGAACCACUCGACACUGGAAAGUAA